CGGGUCAAAAUGCAUGUUUGUAGAGGAAAAGGUGUAGUCACAGUCACUCUUGGACAACUAUCCAGCAGCUUGCAAAUGAAUCUAAUAUCAGGGCUUGUUGCCUUCAGAUAUAAUUGGGUAGAUUUCAAAGAUUUACGUUAUUCUGAGAAAUAAAUUUAAGUGAAAUCUAAUACAGAAUGGUAUGCCCUCCCAACAACGUACUAUCAUAUAUACCAAAUACAGGAUUCGGUAGUGAGGUACAACAAUUGCUGACUGCUCUAACUAUCACCCCAACAGAGAUGUGCCGUCCAUCCCCUCGCUCGUUAUUUCACUCUCACUAUCUAUCUGUUCACUCGCCCAUCUAACUGUUCACCUGCUUCGUAUCUACCUAGCCUUCUCUCGCCAUCCUAGCAAUGACUCAUCUUAAAGUUGACACCUCAGACUUACGAAAAUCCAAAUGAAGCGGGAAAGCAUCCUUUUCGAAUUGUCUUCAACAGGAGCUUGCAGCACGAGGGAAGAUGUGCAUAAUAAUAUGAGGCAGUCCUGAUACAUAGACUCAAAUGUGCGGUACUGUAUUCAGUAAGGAAAUGUUUCCGAUGUAAGAGAUAAAAGAGGGUGCUUAA